CCUUAAAAAGGCAUGCAGCUAGGUCACAGCUUCUUGUGGCAAGCAAGACUGCUUUUUGACUCAGCAGCCUUGUAGCUUUCUGUAGUUGGGCUUACCAGUAUUGACAACCUGAAUGACCAGCUUGGGAAAUGCCUGGGUCAAGCAGCUGCAAUCCACCCUGUUCCAGCCAUAUGCAUGAAACAGGUAUGUGGUGAAUGCUAGGAAGUGUUUGUGGAUUAAGUUAUGCUCCUGAUAUACAUAUAUACAUAUAUAAUAUACAUAUUAUAUAUUAUAUAAAUAUAUGUAUAUAUUUAUAUUUAAUAUAAUAUAUAUAAUAUAUUAUAUAUUUAUUUAUAUAUAUGUACACAUAUAUAAAUAUAUAUAUAUAAAUUCCUAGAACUCCCCAGGGAUAACUUUUAGUAGCGUUCUUCUAUAUAGGAUUAUCAGACUGGCUCAGGGACCUUUUUGUGUAUCUUCUGCAUAUCCAUUUCCCUUAUCAAUCUCUGUUUAACUUAAAUGCUGGAGUGGUGUGUUGCUUCAAAGCAAACCAAUCUUUAUAAGGCUCUUUAGCCUGCAAUUUGGUAUCAAGGCAUUGAAUUGUACUUAUGACAUGGUAAACAUGAAAUAAACUGCCACGUUCCGGCUCUCUGGGACUUGAAACUGGCUUCCAUAAGGAAAUCGGAGUCAUGGAAAUUGGUGUAAAGUACUGUUGACAAGCAAAAAAUAAGAUAAAUAAUUGUAGGAAAUAGAUCUUCCAAGAAAAAAAAUUAAAAACUUUUUUUUUGAAUCAAACACCAGAGGAAUGAAUUACGACAAUGUGAGUGUGCUUUAAAAAGUAUUUGUGGACGGCUGUGAUUGACCUCUGGCAGGCACAGCUUCACAGUAAUCUGUCUCUUCGUUUUGGGACUCACCUCCUAGAACUUGACCCUGAAAUGAGGUUGCAAUACUCAGGAAGUAACAUACCUUACAAAAUAACAAAGACUCAAAAGUCACAGUGUUAGCUCUCUUAUCUUGACUGUGAAAAGGAAUUGCAAUAUUUCUGCAACCCCUUUUGAAAAGGAAAAAAAAGGACUCUUAGGUUUCUAGACUUAAAAAGCAGGCACUGUAGAACGAGACAGGGAAGAUCUUGAAAGGACAGAAAAUUCUUCCAUUAAUAGUUGAAUAAAACCAAGACCAGCUGCAAUAAAUCUGUCCAUUCUAAUUGCAAUCAGAAACACUGUUCAAAGAUGAAGCACUGGCACCAACCUUGUUGAACAAGGUAAGAUGUACUCACCUGAUGAACAGUUCAGAAAAGGAGGAAUGCCCGGAACAGACUCACAUUACAGAUUAUAGACAGAGUAAAUAAUAAAGUGUCUGAUUAAUUUGGUCAGUCUCACUUCCUGAUGUUUCUGGUACAAGUACUUUGCAAUGCUACAUGAUGGAAGAGGUUGCAGAAUGGCAGGCUGUACUGGGCUGAUACAUGGGAAGGCUAAGUAGCCUUGGGCCUUGCUUAAUGCAUGAGUUGGCAACACAGAACAUAGGAAAACUUUUCAGGAAAGCUUUUAUUGGGUUUGAUACCCUUACGCUCAUGCAUUCUGAGAAUUUUCUCUGAACGCUGUUGCAUUCUUGAGGUAAGUGAGCCUUUGCCUUUGUAGGUUUGUAUAGUGUUUCUUGUCUCUAUUCACUUGCAUUUUUGCAGGGUAAUGGAAGGACGGCAUUCGUGGCAUUGGAAGCUCCUGUGUCUGCAGAGGAUGAAAAAAGUCUGGUCUGUGUUUUUGAAUCUAGCAUUGUAGUAUAGGCACCCAAACUGUCCUCAGAAGUGGCUCUCUUUGCCUAGAGGUGCUCAGUAGGACCUGGAAGCAGUUUAUGGUCACAAGUGCAGCAUUUUCGUGUGCCUUACCUCCUCAGGACAUUUCAAGGUACAGCUUCAGAGUGUUGGCACUGUGCACUUGCUGCUGCCAGCUGUGAGUAACCUUGACAGAGCCAUCUGAGGUGAGGAGCGCUGGUCUGAGAGAUCCAAAGUGUCCAAGAGGCUGUCAGAAAAGCUCAGCAGUUUAAAUUAAAGUACAAUUUAGUAGUUUUGUGUAAUAAAUAAAUAAAAAAAUAAAAAAAUAAAAGCUUAUUGUUUUGGAAAUACCAAUUGGAGUCUGUUACAUGUCAGAAGACAGAGAAUGAAUAAAGGGAGGUUUUAGUUGAUUCCUUUGAGUCUCCUGUUCAUAAUAUCUGGGAUGAUCAAUGCUACUGAGAGUUUAGCAGAGCAGCUGGAACAGGAGUUGCCACUGUAUGCCUCAGGAGCUCUGUGCAAAUGUUCUGCAGUCCGUCAGCUGAGAAGCUUUGGAAAUCCACUUUUGAAACAUCUCUGCAAAACUGCAACUGCAGAUUGUCAUCUCAGUCAAAGCUCAGAUUCCUCUGAAUGCAGUGACUAGCAAGUCCCGAGCAGUGCCACCAGGGAGGCAGCCCAGCAUGGUUUUUCUUGUGGUCUGACUGCUGCCUGCCAUUGUGGGCUAUCUUCCAUACACGUCUCCACACUGAGCUGACCCCUGGAGAGGAGGGGAGCUGAGAGUGCUGCUGCUUUCCUGCACGCUUUGUCCUUUCAGCAGCUCUCCUUAACCCAUUGUUUCUCCAGGUAUCAGCACAAAUCUGUUCUUAAUGCUCAUCUCAGAUUAUGUCUGAACAGAGAUGAAAGAAUCGCCAUUUGCCCUGAUUUUAUCCUGGGAUGUGAAGGGCAGUGGUGCAGCAGCAGAUCUUCUGCUUUAGCUCAGACUCGAGCAGCAGGAUGGUGUUAGCUGUGUCACCAGAAUGAAACAUACAGAAUGAUUGUUUCAGUGUAACCUCCGUGUGCAUUGGUGCUACAAGCAAGUCAGUUUAUUUUUUAUGUACAUAUAUGAGUACAAGCAGAAGGCAAAGCUCAUGGAGACCUUCCAGUGGAGAACAGUGUGCUCACACUGAUACUCUGUGGUCAGUAUGACUUUUAAAAACAGACAGAAAUUGAAGGGCCCGUGAAAAUACAUGGUUAAUUAAGUGUGAAAGGUGCUGUCCUUGUUUGGACUGUCUGUUAAUGGUAUGACAAGCUCCGGUAAAGAGCUUAGCUGGCCAGAUUAAAAUUAAAAAAUUGUCUCAGUCCAUCUGCCAGCUCCGAGGCGUUUACUUCAUCACCUUUCCUUGUUUCUUCACUGGAGUGGAAUACUUGCUUUGAAAAGAUAAUUCCCAGGAUGUCAUGUUUGACUUUUUUAACCUAAUGUUUUCUUUCCAAAGAUAACUUCACGUGACAUCAAGACAUUUUCAAGGAGGGCAAUGCUCUUGGUUGGCUCAAGGAUACGUUAAAGGCAACGACUCUUGCUAAAAAGGAUUUUCUUUUUUUCUUGCCUAUUGGCUUUUGGACAUAAAUAAGCAUGCUUGCCUUCCUUUGGAAAAUCUCUCUCUGCCUCUUGGUUUUGGGAAUGAUUACAGGAGAUCUUCAAGCAGUUGCAGCAGAAGAAAAACAGGCUAAAGAUGCUUCACCAACCCCUCAGCUCAGUGCCUGGCAGUUUGCAAGCCCCUCUCUGCCUCCUGAACUGAAAAGGCUUCAUGGCAUUGUGGAGGCUGAGCAGGUCAACAGGCAUUUGCUGCGCCGAAGGAAGCGCUCCAUUCUGUUUCCCAGUGGAGUUAAGAUCUGCCCUGAUGAAUCUGUUGAACAGGCUAUUGCCAACCAUCUGAAAUACUUCCGGCUCAGAGUGUGUCAGGAAACAGUCUGGGAGGUAUUCAAGACAUUCUGGGAUAGACUGCCAGAGCGUGAAGAGUAUCAUACCUGGAUGAGCCUGUGUGAGGAAGGAACGAUGAGCAUUUUUGAAAUGGGCAUGAACUUCAGUCAAUCUGAGGAGCACCGAAGUCUGAUUGUGAAGAAACUGUCCUAUACAAAGGAAGCAAUGGCUGGCUCUUGCACUGACUGGUCAUGUGGUGGUGGGACUCCAACUCCAGCUUCAGAUGCUGAUGUUACCACACUGAGAGAUGCAGCUGCCAAUGUUCCUCCUCCUCAUGAGGUCUCAAUUGAGAGUCCUCCAGGUGACACCAGCCAUGAGUUCGAAGAUGCAGACACUACUAUCAAUAAUGAGAUAAAUAAAGAGGAUGAGACUCCAGUGAGACCUGUAACUGAACAGAUGAUUGAGUUCAGCAUUGUGAUUUUUGGAGAGAAGUACAGCGAGGAGCUGAGCGACCCAGACACUGCAAAGUAUCAGCUGCUCUCUGAACAAUUUGUUUCUCAGAUCCAAAAUGUAUUUGAAGGACUACCUGGAUACAAAAACAUCCAUGUCCUGGAAUUCAGCGGGGUGGAAGUUCACUAUGCUGUUACAUUUGAUGGAGAAGCCAUCAGCAAUGCCACUUGGGACCUGAUUAACCUUCAUUCCAACAAGGUGGAGGACAACUCCUUUAUGGGCAUAGAGGAUAAUCCAACAGUUGUUUACACCAUCAGUGAUUUCCAAGAUUAUAUUGCUGAAAUCCUCCAGAAAAAUGCCUUGCUUGAAAACACUUCCUUGACGUUAGACCCUAACUCUCUCCAACUUAUAAACGUGAAAGAAAUAUUACACCCUACCCAAGAAGAUCCAUCCUGGAUUACUGAGCAUCCAGCUGUGUUGGAGCAUGUGGAGUUUGAUGAUAACACCUUUUCAGCUGAACGGCCUUCAGCAGAUGAAUCAACUGUCAGCAAUACCUUGCCCUUUGACUUCACCAAACCAGAUUCCACUUUAUAUAGCGAAGAGUCCAACGACAAUGAAAUCCGACCAAGACCAGAAAACCUGGGCUCUGAGGUCAGUCUGAUACCUGAAGCUCCACUUUCCUCGGAGGCUGAUGUCACAUCUUUGCCAGAUGGGCUGAAUUUAGAGGAUGGGAAUCAGACUCCUGCUUUGGUCACUGUGCCAGUGAUAGAGCAUGAUUCUGUGGACUCUCUGGAAUGGCUUUCAGCUCCUGAUUCUUCAGAUGAAUUUGGAGAUACUGAACUAUCUGAUGACUUCCUUCUGCCUUCAAGUCCCCCUUCUCACACUGUGCCUGAAGAGCCUCCAUCUACAGAUGAUUACACAGCUCCCCUGCUUUCUGCACCAACAGUGGCCUCCUCAUCAGUCAUAGAGACCGAUAUGAAAAGAACAGUGACUGCUGAGAAGGAAGAAGUAACUCAGGGUAGUCCUGUAGACAGUAGCAAUGCACAGACUCGUGCAACAGAGAAUCUGGAAGAAAGUCCUUUUCCCCUAGAAGUACACCCGGUGGAAGGUGAAACUGACAUUUACCUUGGAGAUAGAAUUAUAUAUGAUGAUGGAUCUGGUUCAGCUUUUGAUGGUUCAGGAAAAGGAAUGGAAGCAAGUAUUUGGCCUUGGGACGUGGCAACACUGGAACCUGUUUUCUUCCCUGGUCCUGAUAGCUGGCUUGAUGAUGAUAAUGAUUCUUUGUUAAUCAGAACUGAAGAUAUUCCUGAAGAGACUACAACUCAGCAGGUACCUUUGCUACAGACUGAAGAACUGUCAUCUGUGGAGCCAUCUACACAGACGGAAAUACCGAGUAUGUAUGAUUCUUCUUUUGUUAAACCAUCCUUUGUUUUGGAGCCAUUGGAGGACUAUUCCUUUGUAGACCUGCCAACUGGAGAAGAUCCUUUGUUACCACACAGUACAGAUCUGUCUGUUGAAGACAGUCUCCUCACAUCUACAGUAACUCCCAGUAUGGAGGAUAGUCUCCUUAUAUCGACCGUAGCCCUCAGCGUAGAACAACCAGAAGAGUCCAGUGUAGGUCAGGAAAUCAUUUCUGAAGCAGUUGAACAUCAAAAUGAUGACAGGCCAACAGCAGAAGAUUUAUUCAGAGCAGGGCAGUCAAACAUAGCUGAAGCUGCUACAAGGGGUUACUUGGACAAAAGCUCUUUGGAAACUGUUCUGACUGCGGAACCUUUCGAGGUAAGCACUGAUACUUCCACAGAAGAGCAGCAAAAUGUAGAUUCAACAUUGGCAGGUCGAGACACUGGGUUGUCAAUAAAGAAACCAGCUGGUGUUUGGCCUACUGACAAAGUUUUAGAGAAGACAUUAGAUCAGACAGUACAAUCAGCAAUGCCAACUGCAGCUCAAGUUUCAACUUCAGUUCCUUUAAUAGAUCAAGGCACUGCUCUAGAGGGCUUUGCUGGACAGGAUGGUACAGACUAUGGCACACAUGUUUCCAUGAGCAUCAGCACCAUUCUGAACUCCUAUGUAACUGUAACAACAGACACUGUUGAGCUUCCAUCCCAUCUCCCUCCCAUGGCAUCCACAGUGUCAUCAUCUGUGGUGACCUCAGCAAAGCUGGGAGAUGAAACAACAAGAGUCCUGGAUGUUUCAGUGGACCUGGAUCAUGUGAGCAUGGUCAGCUUUUCUCCUGAGCCUAGUGAAGAGGCAAAGAGCAUGACUGACAGUCACAUGGAGCUAACUACCCAUGCCCACUCCACAGAGAUGGCCGGCGUGGCUUGGCCCACACAUGAAAAUCACAAUAGCACUCCUGUUCCAUCACGAGCUUUAGUUGUGUUUUUCAGUCUUCGGGUUACCAAUAUGAUGUUUUCAGAAGACCUGUUCAAUAAAAAUUCACCUGAAUAUAAAGCAUUAGAGCAACGAUUCUUGGAACUGCUGGUGCCAUACCUCCAGUCAAAUCUAACGGGCUUCCAGAAUCUGGAAAUCCUGAACUUCAGAAAUGGCAGCAUUGUGGUGAACAGUCGAAUGAAAUUUGCCAAACCUGUGCCUCGAAACGUCACCAACGCUGUGUACAUGAUCCUGGAAGACUUCUGCAACACUGCAUAUCAUACCAUGAACCUAGCCAUUGAUAAAUACUCUCUGGAUGUGGAAUCAGGCGAGCAAGCAGAUCCCUGCAAGUUCCAGGCCUGCAACGAGUUCUCUGAAUGCUUAGUAAAUCGCUGGAGUGGGGAAGCUGAGUGCGUCUGCAAUCCUGGCUACCUGAGCAUCGACGGGCUGCCCUGCAAUAGCAUUUGUGAUCUGCAACCCAACUUCUGCCUGAAUGAUGGCAAGUGCGACAUCAGCCCUGGGCAAGGGGCCAUAUGUAGGUGUCGCGUAGGAGAGAACUGGUGGUACAGAGGGGAGCACUGUGAAGAAUAUGUGUCUGAGCCACUGGUCGUGGGUAUUGCCAUUGCUUCUGUGGCAGGAUUCCUUCUGGUGGCAUCUGCUGUCAUCUUCUUCUUGGCAAGAACCCUUCGAGACCAGUACACAAAGAGUGACACCGAGGACUCUCAGGGGCAGGGUGACAGCCUCUCGUCCAUUGAGAACGCAGUUAAAUACAACCCCAUGUAUGAAAGUGAUACGACUGGCUACAGCCAUUAUUAUCGCAGAUACCCUCAGCUAACGUCCUACAGUUCUACCAGUGCAGAGACAUCCACCGACUACAGCAGUGAAGAGAUAAGGCACAUUUAUGAAAACAGUGAGCUUACUAAGGAGGAAAUUCAGGACAGGAUUCGAAUUAUAGAGCUCUACGCUAAGGACCGUCAGUUUGCAGAGUUUGUUAGGCAGCAUCAAAUGAAGCUGCUUUAAGAAAAAAAAGAAGUCAGUAGAGAGCACGUGGGAGAUAAAGACUACCUUGUUGCCAUAGUAAUGGGCUCAGAUGUGACUGCAAAGUUACUUAUAGUCUUAACAUUGCAUGGAUGGAUACAGAUGUUUUCUAAAUGAAUGGCUGAAAUGUACUGAUGUCUGUUUAUCUCAAUUACCUCUGGCUUCUCUGCAUAAAGUGACAUUUUUAAGAGGUGAUCAGAAGUGGCAGAGGUUAUGAAAGUUCAUUUUUCAUUAACUCUGAAAUGGACAGUGAAAAUUUGUAUACCAAGGCAAAAAAAAAUCUCCUCAGAAAAGAGAAGAUACGUGCACAAACUAAAAAUAAAAGGCACCUUUAAAACCCUGUCUGGCAUUUAUCCCCUCACUGGAGUCUACUGUAGUGAAUUCACAAGUACAGAGCACUAGUGGAAAGAAUGUGGUUUGCAUGUGAAUGGUUUGUAGGAGAGAAGCACCGUGAUAGAACGGUGUUAGCAUUAUUCUAAAGCAUUCCCAACAUAAACACAAACAUAACCUCAUCGGAAAAGCUGUUAUUUUAUACAGCUGCCUAAUUAAACUUUUGCUACCUGGCUUUAGCAAAACAGCACAAUGUUGAGGCUGCAGCCCUCUGAAAUGCUCUCCCCACACAGUAAGUGUCACCGCUGGCUUGCAGUGGCCACAUCUGGUGCCUGAGCACAGCAGGGCACUCCUUCUGCAAUAGUGUUAUAAUGUCACGAUGGUUGGCACUCCAGCUAUUCCUGACAGAGACACAAGCAGGGGCACAGAAGGCCUUCUAUCACACAGAUGUUGUGCUUAAGUGACUAACAUUGACUUUUUUGUAUGUAGGCAAUUUGUUGUUAAAGAUGAAUUGUUUAUUUGUUGUGUAUUUCCUUACCAGCUUAUUUUCAGAAUGGAUUUAAUUGCUGAAAUAGAAAGAUGAGUAGGUUAAUGAUGAAA